UCUGAUGUGGGUUAGUUAUACAAAUCUUUGACCUAACGUAACCAAACACUGUCAACUUUCGUCAAGCUGGGCUUGUAUUGCACUGAAAUCGUCGACAACUGUAUGCUUAAUGUCUGUGACCGAGAUGGCAGUGGCUGUACAGACUUAUUGGAGAAAAUAGGUAUGGUUUUGAAAACGUUUUAUCCAACAAGAACAAGGCUAGUUAACAACUAACGUCAGCUAGCGAGCUAACGUUAUAGCUAGCUGCAGUGCAGUCUCUUGGACCAGAUUGCCCUAACGUACCCCCUGCAUACUUUUUCAUUGAGAGAAAGGACUGCUGAGAUCAAAAGAUGUUUUUGGUGGGGUUGACGGGAGGAAUCGCCUCAGGGAAGAGCACUGUGUCCUCUCUGCUGCGAGAGCUUGGCUGCCCCAUCAUCGAUGCCGAUGUGGUGGCUAGAAAAGUGGUGGAGCCCCACAGUCCGGCCUACUGCCGGAUCGUGAAGCACUUUGGCCCCGAGAUCCUGCUGGAAAAUGGGGAGAUCGACCGGCAGAAGCUGGGUCAGCUCAUCUUCGCCAGCGAGGACAAGCGGCGCCUGCUUAACUCCAUCACCCACCCCGAGAUCCACAAGGCCAUGCUCAAACAGAUCUUCUUCUUCUUCCUCCGAGGUUAUCGCUACGUGGUGCUAGACGUGCCCCUGCUCUUUGAGACGCGGCGUCUCACCCGCUUCCUCAACCACACUGUGGUGGUGUACUGUGACCCGGCCACCCAGCUGUCACGCCUCAUGAACCGGGACGGGCUGACCCAGGAGCAGGCGGAGCAGCGUGUGGCCGCCCAGAUGCCCUUAAACGAGAAGCGGGGAUUGGCCAGUCACGUGGUGGAAAACUCGGGCAGCCGCGAGGACACCCAGCGCCAGGUGCUGCGGCUGCACACCAAGCUGGAGGACUCCAUGGAGUUCCUGCUGGCCAGGGCCAUCGCCAUAGCGACCGCCGCCGGCCUGGGCGGACUACUUCUCUACGCCGCCAAAUUGCUGGCGUCUUAACGAAUGAAGAGAGAGAUUGACGAGAGGCGUCUUCCUAUGGCAAUGCAGUGUUGAAUUGUGAUUGAGACUGUGGCACUCUCACCACUGGCCCGGCACGUGUGGUGAGAGGUCCAAUGGUCGGCUAUGUGUUAUGGCUUAAGUUGAAAGUUCGCAAGCAGUUUGUACUUAGAAAGUGGUCUAGUAACGUGAGAUGUUUGCUUGUGUAAAUUCCUUGUUGCUCUUUGAAUGCUACAGGAAACCGUGAACACUUAGGUUUCCUUGGUUUGCAUUUUAAAAGCCAAGAAGUUAUUUGUGAAAAUAUUUUUGGAGGAAUUGUUCAGCAUGGACUGAGAAGCAAUACUGGUGAUGUAAGAAUGUUUUUAGCUCAUUGUGCCUAUUUGUUUUACAUUUUAAAGAGAGAGUUCACUCAAAUUUGCACAUUUACCCUUAGUGAGUGGUCUAUGGACCUGGAGAGUCAGCAACCGAAGAUUUGGAUUUUUCAAAUAAAAUAAAAUGUUAUUGGUCGCGUACACAGUUUUUAGCAAGUGCUAUAGCGAGUGCAGCGAAAUUCUUA